AUGGAGUCACAAAAUCUGUCAUUUUCAAGUUUAAAAAAGUCUGAUAAAAGAGUUAUAGUUGGAGUAGAUGAAGCUGGUAGAGGACCUGUUAUCGGAUAUAUGGUUUAUUGUGUUAUGGUUUUUGAAGUUGACAAUGUUCCUAAAAAUUUAAAAGAUUCUAAAAUGUUAACUGAAAAAAUGAGAAAUGAUAUCUUCGUCACCCUUAAAGAUUAUAAUUAUGCGUACACCGCCCUUCAUCCCUCUUACAUUACCACGAAAAUGUUAUCUAACGUAAAUCUAAACGAUAUAUCGUGGAAUACAGUAUUAAAUCUUUUAAAACUUGUAUGUAAUGCAUAUACUAAUAUUGAAGGAAUAUUUAUAGAUGCGAUUGGUACCUGUGAUAAAUUAAAAAAAUUUUUAGAAUUAAAUAUAAAGCAUAAAUGUACUGUCGAGUCUAAGGCAGAUAGUAAAUAUCCUGUUGUGUCGGGUGCCAGUAUAGUUGCAAAAGUUACAAGAGAUGAUUUGCUAAGUAAAUUUAAUAUUAGUUUUGGUUCGGGAUAUCCAAGUGAUCCUGUUACAAAAAAGUGGCUGACAAAAGAAGUUAAUUAUAUUUUUGGCUGGGGAAAAUCUGUACGAUACACUUGGAAUACGGCAAAGAAUAUUUUAGGUUACAAUAAAUCGAAGAAGUUUACAGGGAGGCUAAGUGGAUUCUAUGUACACGCUUACUAA